UGAAGUGUACCAACAAGCUUUGCUCCAAGCAAAAAAGGAACCAACAGAAGCAAAGGUGGCAUUCGUUCGUCGCACGAGAGCACCACAGCCUCACGACACGAGCUCAUCCCCCGCCAUCUCCGCUCCGCUCCUCUCCUCUCCUCUCCGUGCUACGCCACCAAACCCACUCCCCCCGAGAUAGAGAGAGAGAGAGAGAGAGAUCCACAGCCUCACAGCAUCAAAUCACCUCCCCUUUCUCCCAGAUCCAAGCCGCCGCCACCACCCCCUCGCCGUCGCCGUCGCCCCCUCCGGCCGAUCUGAUGCCCGCGCACGCGGCGGUGGUGGUCAGCGCCGAUGCGGUGGAAGCUUAAGUCGUCGGCGUACAAGCGCGUGCCGUCCAGGGACGCCGCCAUGGAUCUCGACGUCGAGACGCCAGCGAAAAUGGCGGACGGCGGGGCCCCGUCGUGGCGCAUGUCGCUGCCGCACGUGUGCGUCGCCACGCUCACCUCCUUCCUCUUCGGCUACCACUCCGGGGUCGUGAACGAGCCGCUCGAGAGCAUCUCCACCGACCUCGGCUUCGCCGGGAACACCCUCGCCGAAGGCCUUGUGGUGAGCAUCUGCCUGGGUGGUGCGUUUGUUGGGUGCCUGUUCAGUGGAUCCAUCGCUGACGGAAUCGGCAGGCGUCGCGCGUUUCAGCUCAGUGCGCUGCCCAUGAUCAUCGGCGCUGCCGUAAGCGCUCUCACCAAUAGUCUGGAGGGUAUGCUUCUUGGAAGAUUUUUGGUUGGAACAGGGAUGGGAUUAGGUCCACCAGUAGCUUCACUGUACAUAACAGAGGUUUCUCCUCCUUCAGUGAGGGGCACAUAUGGGAGCUUUGUUCAGAUUGCAACCUGCCUUGGAAUCGUAGUAUCUCUCCUAAUUGGUACACCUGUGAAGGAUAUUGAUAGAUGGUGGAGGGUGUGUUUCUGGGUUGCAGCUGUUCCAGCAACUUUACAAGCUCUUGGAAUGGAGUUCUGUGCUGAGAGCCCCCAGUGGCUGUAUAAGUGUGGAAGAACGACUGAAGCAGAGAUACAAUUUGAAAAACUUCUAGGUCCUCUUCAUGUUAAGUCUGCUAUGGCAGAACUCUCCCGAUCUGAAAGAGGCGAUGAUGGAGAAAAUGUGAAGUAUUCGGAAUUGUUUUAUGGUCGCAACUUUAAUGUUGUUUUUAUUGGCACAACGCUCUUUGCUUUACAACAGUUAUCCGGCAUAAAUUCUGUGUUCUAUUUCUCAUCAACUGUGUUCAGAAGUGUGGGUGUGCCCCCUAACCUUGCGAACAUAUGCAUGGGGAUAGCAAAUUUAUCAGGCUCAAUUGUAGCUAUGCUUCUAAUGGACAAACUAGGAAGGAAAGUACUUCUUUCAGGGAGCUUCCUUGGCAUGGCCUUUGCAAUGGGACUUCAGGCUGUUGGAGCAAAUCGUCACCACCUUGGUUCUGCAAGCGUAUAUCUUUCAGUUGGUGGCAUGCUAUUGUUUGUCUUGACAUUUUCGUUAGGAGCAGGUCCAGUGCCAGGACUUCUUUUGCCUGAGAUUUUCCCAAACAAAAUACGGGCCAAGGCUAUGGCUCUGUGCAUGUCCGUGCAUUGGGUGGUAAAUUUUUUUGUCAGUUUGUUGUUCUUGCGGCUUCUGGAGCAACUUGGUCCACAAGUUCUGUACACAAUGUUUUCCUCAGCUUGUGUGGUAGCAGCAAUAUUUGUGCGGCGCCAUGUGGUUGAAACAAAGGGAAAGACUUUGCAAGAGAUAGAAGUUUCGCUUCUACAAACACAAUAAAGGUGGUUUGCGAGUUGCGAUGCACAUUUGAAACUCACAAGAUGAACUGCCUGGAUUUUUAGUUGAUAUUUCAUAUGGCCAUGUUGAUAGCAAGCUUGGUUUUGGAACUUGAUGAUUUACCAUGUGGUAUUCAGGAUUAACAAGCAGCAAUACUCUUUCAUUGCAGAUUUCAUCAGCGAGUUUGAGGCAACAACAACCUACAUGAUUAGCAUCUGACACUAUACUUGUUGCUGAAUACCUGCUGGGAAAGUCUACCGUGAAAGUUGAUCACUGAACCAAGCCAACAUACCACGGACAGGCAGCGCCCUACACUGGACCAGGGAAGUACCCAGACAUGCACCUGUGACCAGUAAGGGCGACCUAGCUCGUGCAUAAACCAUCCAUGUAGUGAGGUUGCAUCUGUAUAGUUGGUCUUCUGCUAGAUGUAUCUGGUAAUCUGUGUUGUCUUCAUCAUUUGUCAUUUGUACACUGUCAGUAUGGAGAAAAAAAGACGGGAAGUGUGGUUACUGAUGGCCAUAGUUUGAACCGUGGAUACGUUUUUUUUACUGUUUAAAGAGGAAUAACAGCACUGGCUCUGCCAGCUACAUGAAAAUAAAGUGCGUUCUGCCUGAGCUAAUUUA